AUGUCUUUUGGAUGUAGUCCGUCCGAUGUGCUGAAGCUAUUGGAGAUCUCGACUCGUGUAUACCUUGCCUUCAAAGAUGCCAAUGAGAACUCAGAAGCUCAAGUUAGUGGGCUUGUAAAAGAGUUCACCACUUUUCAUGGCUGUCUCGAACAGCUGGGCGAGUUGAUGAAACAAUAUGGCCAACCAAUGCCAUUUCCCGUCAAAGACUUCGAAAACACGCUGAAGAAGUGUGCAAAGACCCUGGAACCGUACACUGACAAUCUCGUUGACAAGAAGAUGUCUGUCAAGAAAUUCAUCUUUACAAUUCGAUACAUCGGGAUGGAAAAAGAAAUCGAUGGACUGAGGAAACAGAUCAGCGGCCACUACCAGGCGCUCAACAUGUGCACCUCAUUUCUCCAAUUACGGCUGAAUCUUGAAGCAACCAAACAAACUCAGCGUCUUCUCGACGCUGCGCCCUCUCGCACAGUAAACCUAAGUGGUCGCUCAUACUCUACUAACACUCUCGGAGUUUCAAGCAACCGUACGCCAUUGGCGCUUGCGCCUCCCGACGAGCAUCCGUUAUUUAGCGAAUGGAGAAUCUUUGACCGAUGGUUGCAAAGCGAGGACGAACGCAUUGCUCAAGAAGCGGGACUGUCACGGCCCCUAUCGCUAGGAGAUGCGCCCGCUGCUGCACCAAGUGGGGAUGUCCAAACAGCGGCCAUACUUUAUCAACUCAGACGUCAGGUUGAUGAUGCGAUAUUUAUUGAAGAAAAUCGUGCAAAGCGAACCACAGCCGAAAAACGAUCACACCUGGUCCCGAGCGACGCGAUGAAACAGAAGGUCCGCAAUAUGCCACCAGCACCGUUGCGAACGUAUACUCUCGAUACCGAACACUCUGGUAACUUCACGAACUUUAGUCAGGAACCUAUGAACGACUCUAUAGCCACCAUCCGUCCCAGCCUGAGCAUACGGCCAUCAUCACCAGAUUAUUUUGCCUCGGUUGACUGGACGCAGUCACCAACGUCAAAGUUGCUCGAUCCUGGUCGAACCCCCUCUAUCUCUACAACCGGAAGUAGCGAAUGCUAUUCGCCGGCAUCACGGUCAUCAACAAGUACUACCCCAGAUAAAGCUUUAUCUCCCAAUCUGCGACGCAGCCUUUCACACACAUCGCUGGCCACCAUAGCAUUAGGUGACGCUGCACUUGACUGGAAACGUAUCUGUCGCAAUGUGCAGGUGGAACGUAAGUCUUUGAAGUACGGACCCGAAAAUCACGAAUGCGAGGUUAGGUGGCGAUAUCGAGAAGAUACCGGGAUCUCACUACGAGCAGUAUAUCACUCUACCCAAGAUGGAAAACUUCGAACUUGGACUGAACAGCAUUUCCCUGCCACCGGGCCAUCGAUACCAUUGACUACCACAUAUAUCGACGGUGCAGUAUCUAUCGACUUUCCACGUAGUUCGUUUGGAAGACUAUACAAACAAUAUAUUGACAUCAAGUACACAUUCGUUGGUCGUGAGUCAGCAGACAAGUUCCAAACCUUGUUGUACACCAACAACGGUGCCGACCCUGCUGAGCUCAAAUUCGACCGACCCAUCCUGGCAAUAUCAUCAAACAAGAAUCCGACUGAAUGUCGUAAUAAAAAUCUGCGGCUAUGGCGGCGCGUCGAGACACAGCCGGUAGAUGGUGGGCUCGUCACAUCCGAGGUCCUGGUGUUGCUAUUCUACACAAGCGCAUUAGAAGAGAGAGGUCAUUGGGUCGAAGAGCCGCACUACGCGUUCGAAUGGCUUAUGGAUUCGGUCUACAAGAAAGAUAGCGAUAAGCUGACUCUUGUCUUUUCGAAAGACCCGUCUCGUUGGGCGACCGAUAAGCUGUUCAAACGCCGCAAGUCAUCCAUACGGUCCGAGUCCGAGCCAGCGAACCUGUCUCUCCCCCAAAGAAAACGCAAUGACUCUAUGGAGAUACCGGGAUUGGCGCGGUCAGAAAGUGGUGCCUCAGCGUCGCCGAACGGCUCACUGAGGUCGUCCAGGAGUAUAUUUGAGAACGGCAGCGGAUCUUCGAGAGCGGCCAAUCUGAAUCGGUUUGGGUAUGCGGAACUAGAGAUCAAGUUUCAGAGCAAGAAGGAUAGAAGAGCGUUCUUGGACAUAUGGAAGCAAUAUGUCAAGCCGUUGAGUGCGGCUUCAUGA